UCAAAACAAGCAUUGCACAGUAAGUGACACCGGUUUCCCCUCGAUUUUUCAUUUAAUUUACGCAAUUUUUGCACUUACAUAAGGCUUGUCACAAGGAGUUGAGACCCAAAUAAUUAAAACCGAACGCUUUGUAAAUUAAUGCUGCCGUAAAUUUACACUACCUCAUUUAAAAUGAGCCGGAAAAAGCCGAAUCUUGUCUUUGUGCUGUGGGACGUCGGCAGAGGAUCGAAAGAUGUGUUGCCGGAUGGUGAGAUGGUCCUCGAGAAGCAAAAACGGUGCAUCAACAAAAUCAUCUUUAACAAGGUUUUGUUUGAGCCCAAAGACCAAGUAGGUCUUCUAAAGUUCGCCACAGAGGAGACUGACCACCCUGCUAGCGAGGACGAUUUCCCGAACAUGCACUACCAGUGCGAUUUCGAGUUUGACAAGUUGAAAAUGAUGGAUGUGGUGGACUCGACAACCUCUACAGACCUUCAGCAAGAGUUUCUCGGUGCCCUUUGCGUCGCCCUGACCAUCCUUAAGAAAGAAAUGGACCAGCACCCUGAUACCAAGAGCAAAAAAGCCAAAGCCCAGCCGGUCAAAGCUUUCGAGAGCGUGAAAAUCAUUUUGGUCACAAACUUGGAGGGCAUCUGUAGCAAAGAUGAAACAAGAUCGCUCACCAAGCCCCUAAAGCAAGUCAAGGGAAUCAACUGCUCACUCUUUGUCAUUGGCCAUGAUAUCGGUCUGCGGGUUGAGGAACUGGAAAGGGAAGAAAACUUGGAAUAUUUCCAGGAUUGUCCUGAUGAAUUUGAUUCCCAAACUGCACUCCGCCUGCUUUUCAAAUAUAAUUCUGGAAUUUACUGGACCUUUGAUGAGGCCAUGAUGAACUUAAAUAGUUUCACUAGCAAGAAAGUGGUGCCGAGGAAUUCCAAAGUGCUGCUCGAGUUGGGAACCCAUCUCAAAAUCAAAGUGCAGUACUACAAUGAAGUGUGCGAGGAGAGUCGGCUGGACUUCAAAGUGUGCAACACGGCUGACAUUGCCAAGAAAACGGGGUACGACCGCGUGUACACAACCAAGGGUGGAAAGAGAAAGAUGGUCGAAGAAGAGGAGGUUAUCAAGGGCUUCAAAUUUGGCACCUCCAUCAUUCCCUUUUCAGAGGAGGAUAAAUCAGCCAUGGAAUACAAGUCUGGGUUGCCCUGUCUAAAAAUCCUGGGCUUCUGCAAGCAGAAGACAAUCAGCCCUAUCAUGUAUGUUGGUGCAACCACUGUAAACAUUUUCCCAGUCCAGGAGGACAAAGCUUCUGUAGUUGCCUUCAAGGCGCUCGUAAAUGAGAUGCACCAGCUGGGCAGGGUAGCCAUUGCUAGGAGGGUCGUCAUGAAUAAUGGCAAACUUACCCUGGCCGCCCUGACACCAAGAAUUGUCCCUGGUGAUGAGAGACUAAUCAGUGUGGAACUGCCCUUUGCCGAGGACGUCAUCGACUACAAGUUUCCAAGAACAAAGCAGAAGUCUUCAGAGGAGCAACUCGAAGUGCUCAGAGAGUUAGUAGACAAAAUGGACCUCAUGCAGGCUGGCCCAGAUGAGAGUGAACUGUUUCAACCCAGGAGCAUUCCAAAUCCUGUCAAGAUCUACACAAAUGGACUGGUCAUCCACAGGGCCAGGCACGCAGACAAACCUGUGGAGCCGCCUUCGAAACUGAUUGUGUCCCUUCUUGAGACCUCCGAGUCCAUUUUGCAGGCUGCCGAAGACAUGGACGCCCAAUUGGCCCAAGUUUUCAAAGUUGCAGAUGUGAGGAAAAGCCUUGCAAAGGUCAGGGUGCCAAGACCGUCUGUGCCUACUGCGCCAAGGGAUCAAAUUUUGGAUGAAGACUCGCAAGGGGAUCUGGAUGCUGUGGUUCCCAUUGCUCCUCAGGCGAAACCUGUUCGAAUCGUUCAGGUCGGCUCAAUCACCCCUGCCGAAGACUUUCAUGCCCUCAUCCAACAAGGCGUUCCCCUUGAUGAAGUUUGCCGUCAGUGCCAGAUCAUUGUCCUACAAUUAGCCGUGCGUUCGCAGCACGACCUGCACAAACCUUUGACCGCCAUCAGAGUCAUGCGCCAGACCUGUGUAAAGGACAACCCUGCCCUCUACAAUGACUGGCUGGCCGAAUUCAGGAACGAACUCUCGGAAAGAGGCCAGUUGGGUCUUUGGCUUAAAAUCAUGGAUGAUAACCUUGGACCAAUCACCACGGAGGAGAAUCCAGAAGCAAAAAUGAGCCGAGUCGAGGCUAACAAGUUCCUUUCUGAACCCCCUCCAGACAAGGAGUCGCAGAAAAUGGACAUUGACAGCUUGUUGGAUGAUAUGUGAAUUUGCAGGAAAAACCACAGAGUUCCUUAGAGGUGUUUAAAUAUACAUGCAUUAAGUAUUUAAUUAUAAAUUAAACCAAAAUUUUAUAUUGAAAAAACCAGUUUGUAUUAAAAUUA